AUGCCAAACUUGGACAGCUCCUUGAUCCUCGCGGCCUACAUUUUUAUCUUGCUCACCGGUCUCCCUGCCAACCUCCUGGCGCUGCGAGCCUUCCUGGGACGGGUGCGCCAGCCCCACCCCGCACCCGUCCACAUCCUCCUGCUCAACCUGACACUGGCCGACCUCCUGCUGCUGCUGCUGCUGCCCUUCAAGAUCAUCGAAGCCGCGUCUGACUUCCGCUGGGAGCUGUCUGAUCUAGCCUGUGCCCUCAUGGGUUUCGGCUUCUACAGCAGCAUCUACUGCAGCACGUGCCUACUGGCGGGCAUCAGCAUCGAGCGCUACCUGGGAGUGGCUUUCCCUGUGCAGUACAAGCUGUCCCGCCGGCCUGUGUACGGAGUGAUCGCUGCUCUGAUCGCCUGGGUCAUGUCCUUUGGUCACGGCACCGUGGUGAUCAUUGUUCAGUACCUGAAUUCAACCCAGAGGGUCCCGAAGGAGAAUGAGACCUCCUGCUACGAGAACUUCAGCCAAGAGCAGCUGAGGAUAUUGCUGCCCAUUCGGCUGGAGCUGUGCCUCCUCCUCUUCUUUUUGCCCAUGGUGGUCACCACCUUUUGCUACUGGCGCUUUGUGUGCAUCAUGCUCACCCAGCCCCAUAUGGGGGCUCAGAAGCGGUGCCGAGCCAUGGGGCUGGCCAUCGUGUCGCUCCUUAAUUUCCUGCUGUGCUUUGGGCCCUAUAACAUAUCCCACCUGGUGGGGUUCCACAUGAAAGCAAGCCCCAAGUGGCGGAGGGAAGCUGUCGUAUUUGGUAGCCUCAAUGCCAGUCUGGACCCCUUGCUUUUCUAUUUCUCUUCUUCAGUCGUACGCAGGUCCUUUGGGAAAGGGCUGCAGGCACUGCACCGUCGGGGCUCCUCCCUUCUGGGACGCAGAUGCAAAGAAACAGCAGAGGCCACGAAUGAGGACCCGGGCGUGAGUCAAGCAGAGGGAGCACCGAGUUCGGACUUCACCAUGGACUAG